AUGUUUGCUUGUCAACAGUUGGCCCAGGUGCUUGCCAAUGCCUAUUCAAACCCAAUCCAACUUGAUAUUGAUAUGAUUCAGUACAAUGUAGCCCUCCAUAAAUGCUCUAAUGGAAGGGUUACAACACAUGAAGAUGCCCUGCUCAAAAAAUUCCCUCAUGGAUCAGAACAUUUGCUGGAGAAGCCCUUGGUCAUUUUGGACUUGGCUGGCCAUAUUAUCUUGUGGUACCUUCCAGGUGCCAUCAGCCCUUGGAUUCAAGCUGAGAUGGAAGAAGCUACUAUUGGUAUGGGCUCCCUUCUGAAGGAAAGCAUGACCAGUGGUCCAGACACCCAGUGGAGAACAUUCCUCAGAAAUUUUCAUGCUAGCGACCGACACAAAUUGACCCCAGGAUAUAUAAAUUUAGCCCCUUGCUGGUUCCUGCAAGGCCAGGAGCCACACAGUUUUCUACCAACUAAUGGGUUCACCCCCAAGGUGUCAGCCACCCUGAAAGGGAAAGGUGGACCCAAGGUCAUAAUAUCUAUGCAGCACACAGCACUACUGGCCUUGGCAGCUCUUUGGGUGAUGCAUCCAAAAUUGUAUUGGGCUUCAGUCACCAUGCAGAUAAAACUUGCCCAAUGGGCUGUAGAAUGUGGCCUUGACAAUGCCCUCUUCACUGAGACCCAAGUUCUACCCCUGAAGGGUUUGAUAUCAUGA